UAUUAAUUAAGAUACAAAAUGCUACUCUGAAAUCUCAUGCUCCCCAUCUGCAAAAAUAUACUCUUACACACCCACCAAACUGACCAAAAAGCCUUAUCUUUUUCAAACCCAUUAUACUCUUUCAACUGUUCAAAAAUACAUAUUUUAUUUGGGGGGCUUCCCUUUUUAAUUUUCAUAUCACGAUACAUGUUAUACUAAUACCAAAUAAUAUUACUAUAUUUCAGCUUUCGUUUUCACUAUCUCUCUAUAUAUAUAAGCAUGCCUGUGAAACGAACAUAAUAAUACUAUACCACUUUUGAUCCUUCCAUUGCAGCUCAAGUUUUGAUGACAUCCAAUCAAAGAUGGCGGCUUGUUGAAUGUACAGACUAAGUUAUACAUAUAAAACCAGAAGCUGAGGCAUACAUCAAUGUUCGUUUUGAGUAUAUAUAGCAUCGAAGAGAAGAAACAUUUAAUCUCCGAACUUGCCCUGUUGUUCCUCUUUUGUCGUCUUCUUCAAGUGGCAGCUGGAUCUCUUUCCUGGAAUAAUUAUUGUUUUCAAAUUGUUAUUACUCAAAAUCUUUGAUCAAACAUGGAUUUGGGUUGGGAUCAUGGCACGGUACAAGCUGUCAUGAACACAUCUUCGGCCUUGUGGAGUAGUAAUCAUCUUGAUCAUCAGCACGAGAUCGAUGAAAGGUUCCUUAUCUCCAACUCUACUUAUUCGGCCAAUAAUAAUAGUACUAUUCGAGGCCCACAACUACUCCAGAAAACUACUCAGAAACUUUCCUCUCCCAUGGUUAAUAACUCAUCAUCAGCUGAUGUUAUCUCAAAUUUGAGCUUCUCACAUAAUGGCCAAGAAGCUAUGAGUACUCUUGUCAAAUCAGGAGCACCACCACCACCACCGCCACCACCAACAACAAAUUGGGGUCAAACUUUGACUUCUCGUGAGCUGUGUUCUUCACCUUAUAACAUCUAUAAUCCUUUCACAAGCAGCCGUUUCAUGAGUAGUAGUGCUAGAACUACUGCUACUACUGAUUUUGGAACCGUGUUACAGUCACAGCAGGUUGUUAGUAAUACAGGAAAGGCUCCUGCGACGACGACAACAUGCUCCGAUCUCGAGUCGUUAGAUUGUUUACUCUCGGCUACGAAUAGCAACACAGACACUACGUCAGUUGAAGAUGACGAUGGGAUUUCCAUACUUUUCUCGGACAGUAGAAGCUUAUGGAACAACAUUGGAGCAGGGAGUAGCGCAGCGGUCUCGUCAGGGGAGUCUGAGAAUACUAAUAACGACAACAACAAUGUUUCGAGAAACAAAGAAAUGAAUUGUCCGUUGACUGAUCAUCAUCAUCGUAAGGUUGACGAAACGGUUUCUCAGAAUGUUUCAUCUGAUCGAGUAGUGCAUAUUAUCCAAAGCCAAACCGAGAUUGUUCAUCACGAUCAGUCCAAGUUGUCUGAUAAUCACAAGCCUAAUUCUACAAAGAGAAGCCAUGAUCGUAAUGAUCAUCAGAAUUAUGAUAAUAGCACGAGUUUUUUCAAUAUUCUCCAGAGUGAUAUUUCUCUGACUGCCAAAGAAGGUCAAGGCUUUCGUUUGAUAUCGGAAAGUGAUUUGCCAAAAGCAAAGAAACCCAGAUCAGAGAAACGUCCACCAAGCUCAUCCAACAUCAAUUUCCAGCAGCCGUGUAAUUCGUCGAUUUCCAAUUCAUCAGUGGACCAGGAGCCGGAUCCAGAGGCCAUAGCCCAAAUGAAGGAGAUGAUAUACCGCGCAGCGGCUUUUCGGCCCGUGAACUUGGGCUUGGAGUUGGUGGAGAAGCCCAAGAGGAAGAAUGUCAGAAUCUCGACGGACCCGCAAACCGUCGCGGCGAGACAAAGGAGGGAGAGGAUUAGUGAAAGGAUUAGGGUUUUGCAGAGGCUGGUUCCCGGUGGUAGCAAGAUGGACACUGCAUCAAUGCUCGAUGAAGCUGCGAAUUAUCUCAAGUUUCUUAGGUCACAGGUCAAAGCACUUGAGAAUCUUGGCCAGAAAAUUGACUCCAUGAAUUGUCCUCCAACAAACAUUGCUUUCUCUUUCAACCCUUCUUUUCCCAUGCAAACCCAUGUCCCAUCGUCACUACUACAACUCCAAAACCCUAAUCAUGUCCACCACUACCAGAGUUGAAGAAGAAAAAAAAAACUAAUUAUUUCGAAAACCCUUUGCUAGUUAUGAUAACCUAACCAUAUGUUGCCCUUUAAUCAUUCUCAUCAUCAUUUCAUUACCAAUGAUUAACAUUCCCUCAAAGCCACCUAUUUUCAUGUAUUAUUGUCCCAAAGAAAAGUAGAAAACUCAGUCCAAAGAUCCAAAUAUAUAAAUAUAUAUAUAUAUUUAUGUAAUUUCAUCAUUACAUCAUCUGUGUGAUAUUACAUAUACAAUCAUGACCAGUCUCACCAACCGAUUAAAAGACCGGGUCAGCAGGGAAACGAAUUUUCACUACCGCUUUUGAUACUUCCACUUUCAUAUAACAUUCUUAAGUUGUCGUUUGGUGAAGAAAUUAUAUGUGGGUGGAAGUAGAAUAAGAUAGAGGAGUGAAAAUAGUAAAUGUACAAAAAGUUAAUUAUAUGUAUAUCCAUGAGGGAUGUCUGCCUUUUGUUACAAAAAAGCUAAGUAAUUAUAGCACCUAUGAUUAUGAUCAAGGGGCUAGAAAGUGAUUUGCCACUUUAGACUUGUUGUAUUAUUUGUUUAACGGGAUCAAUGUACUUAAAGCUCACCUUUCUUGGAGAUC